AAGCGUCAGUUACCCCGAAAUAUUAUACGGCCAUGAUCCCGUCGGAAGUGGCUUCUGUUGAAAUUGAAAAGGUUUUUCAUAGAUGAACAUGUAUAAAUAUAGCAUAGCAUGUAUUCCACAGCUGGUUUUAGUUUGCUUUGUUAAUACAUUUAAGAAUAUACCAAUUCUAAAGACUUCACCUUUCUUUCUUUUUAACUUAAUUUAAUUUAGCUUUCCUUUCCCUGUCUUUCAAUCUCUUCUUUGUCACUGUCAAAAUGUACAAAAGUUUUUCUUUUUAAUUAAUUUGUAGAUUUCUAGGUUCUCAAUUCCAGAUUUUUUUUUUUUUUUUACAAGUUUAAGGCUCAGAAGCUCUUGGCAAUGGCUGUUCAAGAGACGGGAGAGAAGGUAGAAUCAAACACAGAAAUGGCACCAGAACAUGAAAUGCAAGAAAGGGAAGCGGCUUCACCAAGAGGAGUUUUAGAGAUUCCUGUUGUCGGCACAGAUUCGGAUAACAGCAGCAGCAGUUGCAGCUCGACGGAGAAAUUGAUGCCUCAGGGAUCGACAACGGCGAACCGUGAGGGAGGUUAUGCUUUCCAUUGGAAGAGCAUGAUUCAGUCCUUUAAAAGGAUGUCCUCAAGGAGGCUACCCGCCAUUCCUCUGCUCACAAACCAUGACUUCACCAGCAAGAGUUUGAGGAAGAAACUGGCUCCCAUUCAAAACUUAAACACUGAGGAUGGUCCUCAUUUCGAAAGCCUCUCGGUUUCUAAACCUGCUUUAAGGAAUUUUGUAUAUGAAGAACUUGCUGCUGCAACUGAUAAUUUCUCUUCUGAAAACUUAAUUGGGAAAGGGGGGCAUGCAGAAGUGUACAAAGGGUGCUUAUCAGAUGGCCUAGUUGUAGCUGUAAAAAAGAUAAUAAGAGAGGAGAAGGAAGAAGAGGAUAGAGUGAGCGAUUUCUUGUCAGAGCUCGGGAUUAUUGCACAUAUAAGCCAUGAAAAUGCAACUAGAUUGAUCGGUUUCAGCACCGAGAAUGGUUUACACCUUGUUCUUCAGUAUCUACCCAAGGGCAGCUUGGCUUCACUGCUUUUUGGGUGUUCUGCACAGUGUAUAGAAUGGAAGAUGAGGUAUAAGAUAGCUUUAGGGGUAGCAGAUGGACUGAAGUAUCUCCAUCACGACUGUCAUAGGCGAAUUAUUCACAGAGACAUCAAAGCCUCUAAUAUUUUACUCACUGAUGACUUUGAUGCUCAGAUUUCUGAUUUUGGACUGGCUAAAUGGCUUCCAGAGAAUUGGCCUCACCAUGUUGUCUUUCCAAUUGAAGGAACAUUUGGUUAUUUGGCUCCAGAGUAUUUUAUGCAUGGAAUUGUUGAUGAAAAAACUGAUGUAUUUGCAUUCGGGGUCUUAUUACUGGAGUUGAUAACUGGUCGUCGUGCAGUUGAUUCAUGUCAACAAAGCCUUGUGAUAUGGGCAAAGCCACUUCUAGACUCAAAUAAUGUGAAAGAAUUGGCGGAUCCAUGGCUGGGAGAAGAAUAUGAUCCUACAGAAAUGAAACAAACAAUGUUGGCAGCUUCAAUGUGCAUUCACCAUAUGUCAGCAAAUCGACCACACAUGAACCGGGUGGCAUUGAUGUUGAGAGGUGAGGAUGAAGCGGCAGAGUUGAAGCCAAAGCUAAGUUCAAGAAGAUCAGUGGUAUUUGAGGGUAGUGAUAUGCAGGAUCACACUUGUGCUAGCUAUCUCAAUGAGAUCAAUCGUCAUAUGCAGCUUGUAAUGGAAUGAUUAUAAUUUCAUGUAUGUGUUGCUGCUUCAGUUGCUUCAGCCUUUUUACUUUUUUUUUUUUUUCCUAUGUGAAGGGUACUUUUCUGUGUGAAAUUAAGGAUUUUACCCUAGAGUUGUACAAAGUUCAAAUCAUGUUAAAUGACUAUUUUUCACUUUUGUA